UUCCUUCUUUCAUUUCCAGCAUCAACUUAAUUUCACAUUCUCUCUAUUGUUGGCACUGAAGACCAGACGCACAUUACCCCAAAGGUGGGUGGCUGGGCAGACUCCUAUUUGGUCUCCCAGUCUCUAACCCCUUCAAAUCCUUCCUAUCAAAUCCUAUGCUGGACACAUACGUGGUGUACCACUUAUGUAAUUAAAUACUGUGUAGGCCGCAUCAGUCAAUUCCGCCUAUAAGGUUGAUAAGUAAUAAGAACCCCACUGAGAAAUAGUAAUGCCAUCUUCCACACAUUUUUAUAUCCCACUGGGUUUCUCACUAUUCAAUUUUUAUCAUCACAUCACCACCACGAGAAGGUAGGUCGAAGAGCAUCAUUUCAUUCUACAGAUGAUGGAACGAAGGUCCCGAGGUUAAGUGAGGCCUUAAGGUUGUGGCAGAAACAUCACACCCAGCGCACUGCUCUUACCAUCAGAAUCAGGGCUGUCGGUCCGCCCCAAUUGUCUGCUUUCCUGAACUUAUUUUCAAGUUCGCCAUUGAGAGAAACCUCCGAAUGACUAAUUCUUAAAUUUAAGGGUGCAUAAUAAUCACCUAUGGCUCAACGCAGCAUUUCCGAUUCAGCAGGCUGGGGUGGGCCGCGAAGUCUAUAUUUGAAAUGAGCCUCUCGCUCCAGGUGACGCAGGUGGUGUGGGGACCGCACCCGGAGGACGACCUGGAGCCGCCUGACUUCACAAAGGCCUCCUGCCGCCCACCUUCAGCGGCCACCAACGCCCCGGCUGCCAGCAGCGGACCACCUCUGCGGCUGCGCGCCUACCGCAGCCGCUUGGCCCUAGUGGUUUCCGGCGGAUUUCCCCGCCGGUGCGGAGCCGGGUGCCGGAGUCCCACAGCCAACCACUACCGGUUCCUCUUUCGUCAGCAACCAGCGCCGGCAGGACCCGCGAAUCCCCAUCACCAAGAGCCUGUAAGGCGGCCGCCCAUUGGCUCAGCCGCACUGCUAGGCAGGCGCUUCCAAAGCUUUGAGGAUUGGCUGACGUUCCGGGCGCCGGGGCUAGCUGCCGGGUAGGAUCACGUGCGAGGGUCAGGCCCAGUCUAGGCCCUGCCUCCUUGCUGCUGCCGCCGCCAAUCCUGGUUCGGUCACGUGAGUUCCCGGAGGUCCCUCGCGGGACAUCUCUCACAGCCGCCGGGUGGUUCCUACUCUGCGGCUUCCAAAUCUGGGGCGAUGUCUCCCCAGGUUAAAUUAUCCUAGCUCCUGCUCCAUAUCGCUUUCCCUCUGCCCCGCCGGAGCCCAGUAGUUCAAAAAUUAAAUUUGGGGCAAGAGGUGCGCGCCAGAGCGCAGCUGCUUCUGGACCCUGCGGCAGCGGUGGCGAGCCACAGGGCGGCGACCGUGAGCUCCGGGAGCUGCGCAAACACCUGGGGACCAUGUCUGAGGAUGCGACCAGGACCCUGGGGAAAGGAAGCCAGCCCCCAGGGCCAGUCCCGGAGGGGCUGAUCCGCAUCUACAGCAUGAGGUUCUGCCCCUAUUCUCACAGGACCCGCCUCGUCCUCAAGGCCAAAGACAUCAGACAUGAAGUUGUCAACAUUAACCUGAGAAACAAGCCUGAAUGGUACUAUACAAAGCACCCUUUUGGCCACAUUCCUGUCCUGGAGACCAGCCAGUGUCAACUGAUCUAUGAAUCUGUGAUCGCUUGUGAGUACCUGGAUGACGCUUAUCCAGGAAGGAAGCUAUUUCCAUAUGACCCAUAUGAACGAGCUCGCCAAAAGAUGUUGUUGGAGCUAUUUUGUAAGGUCCCACAUUUGACCAAGGAGUGCCUGGUAGCGUUGAGAUGUGGGAGAGAAUGCACUGAUCUGAAGGCAGCCCUGCGUCAGGAAUUCUGCAACCUGGAAGAGAUUCUUGAGUAUCAGAACACCACCUUCUUUGGUGGAACCUGUACAUCCAUGAUUGAUUACCUCCUCUGGCCCUGGUUUGAGCGGCUGGAUGUGUAUGGGAUAGCGGACUGUGUGAGCCACACGCCAGCCCUGCGGCUCUGGAUAUCAGCCAUGAAGUGGGACCCCACAGUCUGUGCUCUUCUCAUGGAUAAGAGCAUUUUCCAGGGCUUCUUGAAUCUCUAUUUUCAGAACAACCCUAAUGCCUUUGACUUUGGGCUGUACUGAGCCUCAUCAUCCACCCCUUCACUGUGCAGAAUUCCCCAGCUUGUUGAGAGUUUACAUCACGGAUUGUCUUGGGAAUCAAUCUGUCUCACUUUCUUUUCUUUGAAGUUCCCAAUAAAAUGCAAACAGGAAAUGUA